AUUAUUAACAUAUGUACAGAUUUUAGUUGAACAAUUAUCAGUAACAUCAGAUUAAUAAUAUUGAUCAGCGUUUUCUGAUCCCGUUUUAGCUUAAGUCUCAAAUGGCCACGCUGCUAAAAGGCCACACCCAUCUGCAAGCUGAAUUCUGGGUGUUUUUUGAUGAGCUCCGCCCACCGCCGGCCCGCCCGGGGCAGUUUGAAGAAGCUCAUUGGCCGGAGGAUGGAGGGGGCGGGUCAGAUGGUGGAGAGGGCGUUGGCCAGGUGUUUGGAGGCGGGGCCAGCUGCGGCUUUGAGGAGGUGACGCUCCCUGAGCUCGAAGAGGAAGAGGAGGGGCAUAAGAUCCAGCCAAUGACAAGCCGGCGCCGGAGGCGGAAGAUGGAUGCCCACAGAAACUACAAGGACUGUGAUUGGCCCUGCCUCUGUCGGGACGCAAAGAUCCGCAGACACAGGAGGAAAGGAUGCUCUCAUUGCCAUGGCAACAAGACGUCAGGGGGCGUGUCUAGAGCCAUGAAAAGUCUGGACCCUCUCUACUCUCAGAUAAGGUCCGCCCAUGACGAAACAGGUGACAAAGACCUGGACCUGAAGGGGGAUGAUGACAGUCCACAACCAGGUAUGUAGGGCUAGGCGAUAUGGCUUAAAAUAAUUUAAAAAUAAUUAAUAAUAACAAUUUUCAUCUUGAUAUUUUAAAAUGUCCUCUAAGCUACUAAAAUAUACAUUUAUCAAAUGAACUUCAAAUGAACUACGGUUACAAUAGAAU